CCUCAGAACACCAGCAGUUCCAUACACUGUGAGCAGGUUCGUGUCCUCACAACAUGAGUAAAGCUGCUUCACACACACAGGCAGCGUGAUGUCACUGGGGGAGUUUGUCUGUCCGUUGGCCGCCGGGCGGACACAGACCGGACCAACGGCUCUGUACGACGGACUUUAACUCAGUAAAACAUGGAGCUUUACUGGACUCGGCCUCAGCUCCGGGCUUAGCGGAGCUCCAAACUUCGGUCAUUUAGCUAUGGAAACCCAGAGGAAGCGGCCAGCAGCAUAAAGUCAGUUGACAAAGCUCUCAGAGGCGGACGGAGGAAUGAACGGAGUGAAAAGUGGCCCUCAGCGGGACUGACUCUCCUCCAUGUCACCCUCCUCUCCGUGCCAGAUGCCUGCGCGGGGCGACGGUGGCUACAAGCCGGCGCCGGUGUCCCCUGCUCCGCCUGUCCCGCCGAGGAGGGUCCGGAGCCGAGACAGGGGCUCGGGCAGGACGCGGCGGUCUGGGACAGGGUCAGCGGGAGCCGGGGCGGCGGAGAGGCGGGUGAAGUGUGUGCUGGUGGGGGACGGAGCUGUGGGGAAAACCAGCCUGGUGGUCAGCUACACCACCAACGGGUAUCCUACCGAGUAUGUCCCGACCGCGUUUGACAACUUCUCAGCGGUGGUAUCGGUGGAUGGGCAACCAGUCAAACUACAACUCUGUGACACAGCUGGACAGGAUGAGUUUGACAAGCUGCGUCCUCUGUGUUACACCAGUGCAGAUGUGUUCCUGCUGUGCUUCAGCGUCGUCAGCCCCGCUUCUUUCCAGAACGUUCCUGAGAAAUGGGUUCCAGAAAUCAGGAAACAUGCCCCCUGCGCUCCACUCGUUCUCGUUGGGACCCAGUGUGACCUCCGAGAGGAUGUCAAGAUUCUCAUUGACCUAGCUAAGUACAGAGAGCGGCCUGUGGAUCCGGCGGAUGCUCGGGAAUGUGCGAUGGAAAUCGGAGCUGUGGCCUACAUGGAAUGCUCCUCUCUGACACAAAAAAAUCUCAAGGAAGUGUUUGACACGGCCAUACUGGCCAGUCUGCAGAACUACAGCUCCCAUAAGCACCCAAGAGGGAAACAAAAACGCAGAAAAAAGCAACGGCAGACACCAGACAAGAUGAAGAGUUUAUCAAAGUCGUGGUGGAAAAGGUACUGCUGUGUGGCCUAGAGCAGACCUGGGAUGAGUUUAGUGUCGAUUGGGGUCUAAGACUGAUCCUUGGUUGACUUUUUCCUGGUCUGGAUUCAACUAUGUUGAGUCUGGACAGAAGUAAGACUGCCACAGACGUAAAACGUUUUUGUUUUUCUUCUUCUUGUGGAUGAGAUUUACUACUGAGCCUCCAGUGUGACCCCCUUUUGCAACAGAAGAUGCAUCUGCGUCUCCUGGAAUUAAACUGGUACGAACCAGUACUUUCCUGUGACUAGCAGAAGAUGUGAUAAUAUUGUUUAGGAUUAGACUGAUCCAGACUGGAACAGGAACGUGGAAUUGUGUUUACUCUGGGCUUCUGGUAAAAUCCUUCCAAACCUUUUCUGGAUUUAUGCAGCCUUGUUAUGUAGCCUGGAAGGGAACCGGACUGUCUGCAGAAUAUAAUUAUUAUUAUUGCUGACCUAAAAGCAACUGCAUGCAAUCUUUGUGAUUUUUUUUAACCAAAAAAACGGAACUUGCUUCUAACUUUAGAGCGGUUUCAAAUACCCAUGAUUAGAAAGAACUGCUGACUGAAAUAGAGCUUUGCCAUUUUUGAUUUUCUAACCCAGACGUGAUCACCGGACAUAAUUAUAGUUAAUUUUAGAGCUGCUUUUUAUAACUGGAGCCAUUGUUACUCUAAUCAGAAACAUACUUUAUUAGGCUGUUAAUAAUUUUACCCUGGUUACAUGAACAGUUUGUUGUGGACCUAUGAAAUUCAUCUGUAUCCUGGAUCAUGGUUUACCUUGUAUUUUAGUCUUGAUCUGAUCAGUUUGUAGAAUUUGGUCUGGCUCAGACCGUAGUGUGGUUUCCUCCGUGUCCUGACAGGGAAUUUGUCCAUUUAGGCCUUAAGAGCUUUUAACGUCACUGGUGAGGCGAAGGCUUUGCUGUGGCUCACAUCAUAUCUAAUGUAGACCAGAAAUAAUGCCCACCACUUUUUACACAUUGUCACCUUGAUCAAAGAUGAAAUUUUCCAAAACUAAAUGGAAAAUGAAACCUACUACAUAUCUUAGUACAUCAUAUCUUCAGCAGACAAUGCUGAACAACACAACAUGCCCUAUCUGUCUGUAUGUCCACUUGAUGAAAACAUAAGCAUUAUUCUAUAGCAGCAAGUUGUAUUUUUCCUCAGAAAGACACAAAGUGUAUACAGAGUCAGAGACCUACUUGGGGUUUUCAUCGGUGGCUGUGGUAGUUUAUCAUCAUCUUCAAUCCCACGCUAGUACUGAAGAACUGUACAGUCUGUGAAAAUGGAGUGGUACAAAUGUGGUCAGGUUAAAUAUAAGUCUUUGUACUGUGGUGGUGCAUUGUUGUCUGGCUAGCACUUGACCUUAAUCUGGCAGGAGCACAUUUUGUAAUUCAUGAUCACAUUGUUCCUCACAAACCACACUUUGCUCAGCAGACUAACCAGGUAGAUUCUCUAGAGUCUCUGUUCCCGUGAAAAUAAACAAAAAAAAAUUCACCUUUAAAAAGACAACAUGGACGUUUGAAUUUAAAAUCCUGACGACCAGUAACUUACAUGUGCAGGCACAAACAUAGGUUUCAGAUAUUUGUACUGCUUGACGUGUGCUUGAUUUAUCUUUGCAGACACUUAAACAGCCUUAAGUUUGAGCACUUAACAAAUUAGCAAGGUGCUCUUUGCUUGUGUUUAGAAUUACAAAACAACUCAGCUGGGAGUUUUGUGUUGGUUUGCGGCAGGAAAAUGAUCUGAACAAACUGGAGUUCAGUUUCAGGGCAGUUGUUGAUUUAUGUAUUAUUUUGUUAUUUUCUUCCUAAAGUUAUGAGCUAUAGUUUAGUACAUGUUUGUUGCUCUGCAUUUGUUCAGCUGUAAUUCUGCAACCACAAUGCUUUAAUUCUAUAGAGGCGUCCACUGUUCAUCCCACAGUAUGUGUUCUGUUUGCUCUGUCAGCCCUGCAUCAUCAAAUGGACUAAGCCUUAUAUGUCGUAAAGCAGAAAUUGAAAAGCAAACUGAAACACAGUAUGUGUUACUGCCAAACACUACGCUGCCACGCCUUCCUUUGUACAUUGUAGUUACAAAACCAAGAGCACAACUCAGUAAUAUCUGUAUUUCUCUGUAGUACCCGCAUCUGAAUAGCUCUUUGUAUUAGCAGCAGAGAGUAAAAGGGUGCAACCAGGCUGCAGUCUGUUAUUAACUUUGAGCAGAUCUGCCUUUAUUUAGUGCAAAUAAGUAUUCAUACUGAUCAGACGUAAAUACAAAAACAAAAUUCACAGGUGCUUUUAUUUUAGCCCAGGGACCACAUAGAUUUUAGUCUGAUUUGUAACCUAAAGUUUGAAAGACAUUGUCGAAAAUUCAUUAUUUACUGUUAAGCAAGACUUCAUUUGACAGUUAAUAUCCUGCUGCUUUUGUUGCAGGUGAUUUACACCAAUGACCUGAACAACAAAAGCCGCAGGGCGUUUCAGUAAAUCUUGGGCUGAUGUUGAGGGAUGUCUUGUUUUCUAAAUGCGUGAAAUGACAGGUAGCCCAGAGCUAAGGAUGCUGUAACUAACAGGUGUCUUCACUCAUUAAAUGUGAUCAUUUUGAAAGCGUGUAACCGUUUUUAUGACCCUUUUUCUUCCUUAAGAGCUAACCAGCAUCACAUUUUCUAGAAAUAGAGUAAACUGGGUUGAGCCUGGGAAGUCGUUAUAAUUCUUUCAUUAAAGAUGUUUGGUAUCUAAGACGUGUUUAUCUUAACAUUAACUUUAAGCUGACAAACUAAAAUUUAAUCUCUCUGUUUGCUGAGAUGUGUACCAGUCACCUCAGACAAGUUGAGGACUUUUGUGGAAUAUUUUCACUCCGUUAGUUAGCUUGUCUCUUGAAAGCUUUUCUAUGAAUCUCUACUAAGUGUAAACAGUAGAGAUGUGCUGUGUUGUUCUCUAAAUCUAAACUGAGUCGAGGCCUCACAGUUAAGCUGUGACUUAUUGGAGCUGUUAGCUAGUUUUCUGCUGAAGAUGUUACGGCUACGACUCAAUGGCCUCUCUGUGUCCAUGUUUUACUCUUGAUAGCAUAUGCAUUGUUUCUUGCAGUGGAAAAGGCAUAAUAGGUUUCUUGUCUUGCUGUUUGUGUGUAGUCUUGGCCGAUGGUGGAGUUAAGUAGGCUAAAGGCCAUGCAGACUCUUAUGAUAGCUGGCAUUUCCUCCGUCAGGUUUUACCUUCUGACAUGUUAGAGCAGUAGUUUUGUGUGCUGCAUGUGGUAAUUUAUUCCUGCUUAUAUGCAUUAAAACAGUUUGAAUGAUAGCUUGGCCUGUUGUUGCUUAGCGAAUCAAUCAAAUAGACAACAUCUUACCUGUUUCUGAUAAGGAUUUGAGGUUGAUUCAUUUGUCUUUUGGUUAUGCUCUCCUAAUCUAAGUUGCACCAGCUGAUACAUUAGUUAAAGCAAGUCCACAGCUGCCACUGUCAUGUAGCUCUAUGCUGAUACUCAGUUUAACAGUAACACAAGCAGAGAAAAGUUGUAAAGUCGACUUGUUAAUGUUAAUGUUCGUUACAUAGCUGAAGUUAGCAAACAUGAAGAGCUAAUGGUUACACCAGACCCCUGAGUGUUUGAAUUAUUGUACAAUGAUGCCUACUUUUGUUUAUUAGUGAAACUCUUAAGAUGGUGAAGUUACACUUUGAUUUUGAUUUGAAUGUCCUGUAAGGCAGAUGUUUGGCUUUGUAAUGUUGGAUAGAUGGAUCUCUGAAAGUGAAUAAUGCUGAAUAAGGACAGGCACAGAAGAGACAUGGUGGUGACUGUCCUCUGGGUAGACAGGGUGUUGUGCUGGUGUUCUGUUGAAGGUGAGACGGGAAAUAAAUACUCUGUGUUUAGGAUAGGUGCAAACUCAGGAUGUUUGAUGUUGAAUUGAAAGACACACUGUCACAGUUUUACUGUAGUUAUUGUUGGAACAGGCUUCCAUGAUGUCAAAAAUGCAUUGAAUUAACCCUCCUGUUGUCUUCAUUUACGGACACCCAAAAAAAGUAAAAAUUCAGCAAAAAAUAAAAAAUUCCCCAAAUUUCUGAAAAUUUGCAAAACUUUCAGGAAGAAAAUUCCAAUGAUUCCUUAAAAAGUUCCCUUUAAAAAGUAUUUCAUAAAAAUCCCCCAAAUUUGGCAAGAAAAUUCUUGUAAAUAUUUUUUUUUUAAAUGAGUAAAAAUCUUCCAAAAAUCCUUAAAAUAUCUGAAGUGAUUACAUGUAUAUCAGGAAAACUUCUGAUAUUCUCUUUAAGAGUUAACAUUAGCAUUUCUUUUUUCCACCAAAAAAAUGUUCAGAAUUUUCCCAAAAAUGUUGAAAAUGUGGACAUCAUUGUUGUUUUUCCACAUUUUCAAACUUUAAAAUGGGUCAAUUGGACCUGCAGGACAAAACGAGAGUUGAAGACAGUUUUACUGCUAACUAUCUGUACUAAUAGAGCUACUAAAUGAGUGACUCAAAUAGUGUUACUAGAUAGAAAGUGAAGACCUACAAAAUCCAUUCAAAAGCUACAAGCUGGCCCCUUUGUACUGUAAGCAAAUCAGUUUAAGCAUUCAAACUGAACUGGGUACUAAAUUCCUAUGCUGGCCUAAUUCUUGAUUGCACAAGACUGUCCCAUAAAGCCCCGCGAGUGCAAACAGAAGCAGCAGGGAGGUGAACAGAGUGGUCCAUUCUUCAGAUUUAUUUGUUUUAUUGAUGCCCCCAACACACACCUGAGCUCCUCACGUGGAACACCAGCUGAGAGCUCCUCUUAGGAAACCAGCCCACUGAGCCUGCGUGGAUCAUCGCCAUGUUUUCAUUUUCCCUGCAUGUAUAAACAUUGUAACAGAUAACGUGCUGCUGGAAUCUGCUCACAGUGAAUUCUCUGUUCGACUGGAGGCAUCAGUCAAAGGAGGAUGUGUUUGUACAGACGUUUUAUACCCUGAGAAAUAAAGGAUAUUUGGUAUAAUA